UAGCAUUACGAUUAAGUGCUUACAUCUGACAACCCAGUUAUGUUGUCUAAAGGCUCGCUGCUGUAUGGCGCUGUACUUUGCGGCAUAGCCCUGAUUCUUAGCCAAAAGAAAGCACAGAGCCAUCCCCAGUGCUUGGAUUUUAGAGCGCCCUUUAAAGUAGCAAAACAGCUCUCUUUCUGCCCGCAAAACUACUCGGAAUAUGGCUGUUGCACUGUAGACCGCGAUCAAGGGAUUUCGAACGUCUAUAAGAGAUUGGUGACCCGAUUUUCACUGGAUAGCAAGCCAAAAUGCGCUAACCUGGUAAAAACAGUGCUUUGCCUCGAAUGUCAUCAAUAUGCAGCCCAUAUUUUUGAGGCAGAAGGUAAUAAAAAGUUCGAUUCGACGACUGCAGCCCCAGGAUUAUGCUCUAAUUUUUGCAAGACUUUUUACCAAGAGUGUAAUGACGUAGCGACAUAUUUAGUGUCAAACGGCAGAUGGAAACUUCGAUCUACGCCUGAAAGUUCUUCACCGUUAACCGAGAAAUCGUUCUGCGACGGACUACAGCUGUCAGACGCAGACUACUGCUACCCGCAUGUACAAAGAGUGGAUCGUGAAAUCCUUUCGAGAAAAUACAACUUCGAUUCCAACCGAAACUGUUUGUGUGUCGAGGAGGUGGCGCGUGGUUUACGAAAUCCUCUGGCUGCGGUGCACGCAAAUGACAAGUCUGGAAGACUUUUUAUCGCCGAACAGCCAGGCCUAAUACGCAUCAUAUUAGCUGAGGGAAAAUUACUGCAGCAGCCAUUUUUAGACAUCACUGACAGAGUGUUAACAUCAGGUUCGUACGGCGAUGAGCGUGGGUUUCUAAGCAUUGUUUUCCAUCCAGCGUUUAGGAAUAACAACAGGUUCUUUGUGUAUUACUCAACUCGAAUGGGUAGAAAAUCUGGGAGCAGGAAAAACUCCAAAGCUCCUUUUAGAGCGUUUGAUCAUAGAACGGUUUUGAGUGAAUUUAGGGCUUCGGUUUACAAUCGUAACAGAGCACUUCGAAGGUCAGAAAAAGUAAUUAUGGAAAUCGAACAACCUGCUGACAAUCACAACGGAGGGACGCUGUUUUUUGGAUCCGAUGGUCUACUUUAUUUGACGAUUGGAGAUGGCGGGCGAGGUGGAGAUCCCUUUGGAAAGAUUGGCAAUGGUUUAAACAGAUCGACUCUCUUGGGAAGUGUCAUUCGAAUUGAUGUAGAUGCACGGCGACAAAGCUACAAGAUUCCCCCGGAUAACCCGUUCAUAGGUAUCCGUGGGGUUCGCCCGGAGAUUUACGCUUACGGAACUCGUAACAUGUGGCGUUGCUCGGUGGACAGAGGAGAUCGCAAGACGGGAGAAGGAAAAGGCAGAAUAUUCUGCGGGGACGUGGGUCAGAAUAAAUACGAGGAGAUCGAUAUCAUUACGAAAGGUGGAAAUUUUGGAUGGCGAGGUUUUGAGGGAUUUGAAUGCUACGACAAAAGCCUUUGCAGGUCUCCUUUAGUAAGUGGUAGUAUUCCACCUAUUUUCGCCUACAACCAUUCUGUUGGCAAAUCCAUUGUGGGUGGCCAUGUUUAUCGAGGCUGCAAAAACCCGGAUCUAAGUGGAAAGUAUAUAUUUGGAGACACUGUAACCUCCCGUCUUUUCGCGCUGACGGAGGACAAGACCACAGGGAAAUGGAAAGAUGAGGAGCUCUGCUUUGGGGAUGACAAAUAUUGCACUGAUAAUCUCAGCGGAGAAUUUGAGCGGUUUAUCUUAUCAUUCGGGGAGGACGAGCAUGGUGAGCUUUACUUUCUUUCGACAAGCCGUCCUAGCAGCACAAAUAGGGAAGGCAAAGUUUAUCGUAUAGUUGAUCCCGGAAGCAUACGCGUAAACGACGAGAGCAAGGAAGGAACCGCGUGUUUUCAUUCGUGCACGUCUUUGCAACCCAUACACACUCUAGCGUACUCAGCUGUUUUUAAGCAGAUUUUCUUGUAAAAAGAGUAUGAAAAAUCGAACGGAACAAUUCCUGACGGCUGUACGUUACUCGUAGCGUUGUUAGUACCAGCAAGUCGCAAAGGCGCACAUGUUCCUUAAUUUUAAGCACCUCAGCGGGCCGGAUGUGAUUGGAUAAUUAAGUGCUCGUAACUGGUCCAGCUUCGUACACAACGGACCACGGUCCGGAUCGCGCCCAAGACCUCGAGCGUAGUUUUUUUCCCAUACGGACCUCCUGCCCGGUAAAUAACAUAUAUCUACA